CACGAAGAACUUCGGUUGGUCUUAAUGCGACGCUUUCUUUCUACGAUGUUUGAAUCGCGCGAGAAUUUUCCGGUGUUUAGCGUUAAUUUUGUCGCGUGAAAGUGUCGCCAUUAAAACGAUAAACCACGCAGAAUUUAGCGUACGUGACCGUCGAUAGUUUAGGAACCGUUUUAGCGUGGGUUUGGAUUAGGAUAUUACCGUUUACCUGCACAAUGGACCCUUUCACUCAGCGGAUGUUAGAGCGUGCUAGAGCAAGGAGAGAAAAAUUGGACACUCAAUUAACAAAUGCUGGACAUGAUGUUAAAAAGAGACGUAGUCCUUUGAAGGAUGCGAAUGCUAUUUUGGCACAGGCUACAGUUACCAAGAGUAAAACUCCAACAAAGUCUCCUGCCAAAGUGUUAAUAGAAAACACAUCUCCGACAAAACCUCCUAGAAAGUCUAUGUCCAAAAGCACAAGUGAAAAUGGCGAACAAUUAAAUAAAGAGAAUGGAGAGAUUGGGCUUUACAAUGUGAGGUCAAAGUUACAAAGGCUUGGCAAACUAUAUUCUGAUGACAGUAGUCAUGAGUUAAGUUCACCUAUUCAUAGAACAGAGGAAAGAUUUAAUGCAGAAGAGGAGAGCACAGAACAGAAACCAUCCAAGAAAGGAGCUAGACUGGAUAGACUAGCAGCCCUUGCCUCAACAAUUAAUAAUUGGGAAGAUGAUCUAUCACAUCCAACUCUGAUCAAAGUAGUGGACAGCAAGGCAGAGAAGAUACAAGCUAAAUUGAACGAGCAAGUUAAAAGUGCAUCUGAACCACAGCCAAGCACAAGCGGAUACAGCAGAGGAAAUAGGAAUAGCAAAGGCUAUAGUCCCAGGAAAGAUGAGUCGUGUUUUACAAAGCAACUAAAAUGGGAUAAGAAUGUAUUAGAAACAUUGGGAAAAGAUGCGGGUUCUACGAGUCCAUCGUCUAAACAACUUCAACGCGUCCCAGAAGACACAGUCACACGCGAAGAAAGACACAAUAAAACGGUUAAAGACUAUUCGAAGAGUGUUAAAACUCCGACUAAGAACUCCGGUACUCCAGAAAAAACAUCGAGAAACGCGACACCCAGCACAAGCAAUUCCCGUUUGGUACCGAGAUUUGGCUACAAUGGUUCCCCUAAAAGCCCAGCACAGUCUAGUCCAGGCUCAGUGCUGAGCAAAGCUUCGUUGUUUGAAUCCAAACACGCGGAAACGAAGGCAAAAGAUCCUGCUCAGAUGUCUCUCUCUGAGAGGAUGGCACUUUUUGAGAAGAACAAAGGAGAAGCGCCAUUACUACCAAAAGCACCACUCACUAUGUCUAUACCCCCAAAAAAAUUGCAAGAGAAAGACAAGGCCAGUUCUACAUCAGGCAAUACAAACAAUGGAGGAAAAGCCAAGUCUAAUAUUCCCAGCAACGCUGUUAAUGCUCAACGAGAAAAAUUUGAACAUGGUUUAAGUACACAGGAAUUGGAAAACAAUAUUUUACGUAACACUCAUUUGGAAAGACAGCGUGAGUUGGAUAUGUUGCGAUCGCGUUUCAAUAGAAACAAAGAAAGGGCGCAAGUUGCCGCUGGUUCCUGUAUCAGAACAAGCGAAAGCAGCGAAGGAAAAUCAAACUCUCCAAAAAAUUCUCCAGUUUGUCCGGUGAAACCAACACCUGCGCCAGAUUAUAGCGUUCCACCACCCCCACCACCUCUUCCACAACAGCAUGUUUCGAGCGUUAAAAUCAUUUCCAGUCAAAGUAAGAAUCCGUCAGCUAAAAGACAAGUGGUAGUUAGUCCACCGAAGACUCAAUUGAUACAGAAAGUACCUGACAUUAAACGCAUUCGAGUCGCUCCGCCUAAGCCCGGGCAUCUUUAUCCCAAUUUGUCUGAGAUUGAUAAUACAACCGAGUCUGAAACAGACACAGAGUACACGGUUGAGAGUACGGAAGGGGAAACUGCUACUCUGGAUGAGAAAACUGAUACUGAGACAGCAACGGAAGCUGAAUACUAUGUACAAGAUGAUGGGACUGAGAUCGACAGCGAGGAAGAAGAAUGCGAAGUGAACACUAGUCUCGGUAGAAGUAUUUUACGCGCAGUGAACGAACAAGCAUUCUUAACAAAAAAGAGGUCGAUCGAUCCAGAUCCGGAUAGCACAACUUCCGAUAUUUCAGUAUUGGAUGAAAUGGACGAAUAUUUAGACGAGUGUCUCGCGCUGCAAGAAGCACAAGGAAAUGGUAAUAUAGAAGGUCCAACGCCACCCAAAUUAAACAAAGGUGGUAAAAGUCCAUCGACCGCAUCAACGAGCUUUAAAUACAGCCAAGGAUCAUCGUAUCGGUCUCCUGUAAAGAAAGUUUCUCCACCGUCUCCCAGUAUGGGUGAAACUUACAUCGUAGAUGGCGAUAGCUAUGUUCCAUUAAUGCACAGCGUCAGCUUUUACAGACGACAGCAGUCUCAAACACCUAAAACUCCAGUACGUAUAAUAUCGAGAACGCAAGAGCCUUCGGAUACUGUACCCGAGGUGACGCAAAUCGAUCCUAGGAACGAAGCCACUUUGGUACAAGAGAAAUUGAAGCGGUUGUUGGACGAAGUGUGCAAGCAACAAACAAUUAUCGGUCAAGCUAGUCAAGCUCUGAAUUUAUGCACUUCAACCGUGGAGUUCAAUGAUUCGAGGGAACAGGUCGAAGGAGAAAGACUACUACUUGUUGCCACUCAUAGGCGACAAGCUGCAUUGAAUGAAGUUCAGCGAUUAAAAAUAGAAGGUACGUUGAGACCCGUUACUCCUGGAUCACCGGAAGUGCAAGAGAGCGGAUCUUUAACAGUCUCUGCUAUCACUUUGCCCCUUAGACGAGAGUAUUUACGUAAUAUUGGUACAAACACGUGUCUCCAUUUUGUUUGCUUGAUGCGACAUUUGGAGGAAAUAGUCGCCACGCCAGUGGUUGUAGCAGAACCUGGCGACUCGUGUCUCCGAUUUCCAUCGACACUAAAACUGAAUGACUUGUACAGUGAUUUUAAAAUCACUAUUGAAAUAUAUUCCCUACAAACGCAAGCUGAAAUCUUGCCACACGAGAUUAAGUAUCACAUAAACAAUGUCAAUGGAUGUGGCAAUGGUAACAAUAAUUGUAACAAAAAGAUGGUAAAUAAAACCCCAAAGAAAUUUUUAAAGCAGGAUAGUCGAUUAAUAAUGCCAAGUGUACAAAGUCCAGCAGGUCCAUCUGCUGUGAGAUCUCCAGCUUUCCAAUUGUCUGGCUACGUUAUUUUUAGUUUAAAAGAAGUACAUCGGCAGCAAUUCACAUUAAAUAAGGUACCAUCGCAGUCUCCAUUGGAGGGCAGAUUACAGAUGCACGUGUCAUGCGAACUUUCAGUGUCAGUCGAGUACAGUGGGUUCCUGACAAUGUUCGAAGAUGUCUCUGGGUUCGGUGCUUGGCAUCGUAGAUGGUGUUUGCUUAAAGGUUCCACGCUAUCCUACUGGAAAUAUCCCGACGACGAACGGAAAAAAACUCCCAUUGGAAGCCUAGAUUUACAAAAUGUGUCCACGACAAACGUAGGAUUAGUCUCUCGGGACAUAUGCGCGCGUCCUAAUACUUUUUUACUGGAAACAACGAGAAACGCGGAGCCUGGAGACACCGAUAGUUUGGUCAUGAUUAGAAACGGGAACACGACAACAAUUAGGCAUCUUUUGUCAGCAGACACGAAGGAAGAUAGGCUAAAAUGGUGUUCGAAACUUAACAAAACGUUGAGCUUAAUUCAUGCUUGGGGCAGGGCGUCGUAACCUGAAAUUUCACGCGUUAUGGCGUAUUAAAAUAUACGCUUGUUCAUGGGUACAGUGCGUAUAUAUUUACUCUACGCAAUGCAUACCUGUACAUACUAAAUAAUGCAGUUAACGUUUAAUUUAAGACGGCUUAUCUAAUAUGAAAAUGUAUAUUUUAAAUAUUAUCAAUUAUAAGAAAAAGAUUUUUUUUUAGUACAUAAACACUUCA